AUGGCUGUGCAGCUGUUACAGGACUGGUGCAAGGGGAUGGAUAUGGACCCCAAGAAGGCCCUGCUGAUCGUGGGCAUCCCUGUGCAGUGCAGCGAGGCUGAAAUCAAGGAGACUUUGAGAGCGGGCCUGCACCUGCUGAGCACGUACAGGUUGGUCGGCAGAAUUUUCAGGAGGGAGGACAAUGCGAAGGCCAUCUUGAUUCAGCUGGCUGACCCUGUUCACUAUCCCGUGAUACCCAGUUGCGUAGCAGGCACGGGGGGAGCCUGGGAGGUGGUGGCCCAACCCCGGAGCUCAGAUGAAGAGUUUCUCAGUAGGCUGAAGUACUUCCUGAAGGAUGAGGGCCGGAGAAUGGAAGACGUGGCUCGCAGCCUGGGCUUUAGUGCCCUCUCUGGGGAGGACGUGGGCGCAGGGCCUGUGGGAGAGAAGCCCCGGAGAGAAGCCGGGUGGUACCGGAAACCGAAAGUGUUUUCCGGAAGUCCUAGCCCGGGCCCAGGCGAAGAGGCCUUCGAGGCCUGGCUGGAGCAGGCCACUGAGCUGCUGCAGCUGUGGCAGGUGUCAGAGGCAGAGAAGCUCAGGCGCCUGCUGGAGAGCCUGCGGGGCCCGGCGCUGUCCGCCGUGCGUGUGCUCCGGGCCCAGAACCACUCCAUCUCGGUGGGGCAGUGCCUGGACGCCCUGAGGGAGAUCUACGGCAGCAGGGAGCACCCUGAAACCGAGAAGUCCAUGUUUCUCCAGACGUGUCAGACGUCUGAAGAAACGGUGUGCGCUUUCUUGCUGCGCAUAGAGCCCCUGCUGCAGAAAGUGGCGCGGCACAGCCCAUUUUUAGGCCAGAGCACGGACUCGGUUCGCCUCAAACAUGUGCUGACUCGGGCCUCGAUGCCCGCUGCCUUCCGGAGCAAGCUAGAACUGUUAGAUCAGCAGGGGAGCCCGCCCACUUUCCUGGAGUUGGUGAAGCUCGUUCGAGAGCAGGAGGCCUGGGAGAACACUGAGGCCAGGAAGAGGGAGAAGCAGAAGCAAGAGGAGAGGAGCCUCAGGGCUUCGGGCAGACAGGAGGAAGCUCAGGCCGGUGGCCCCGUGGCUCAGGGCCCGGCGCUGGAGGAGCCCGUUGCCACUGCAAGAAGUGACCUCGCUGAGAGCCGUGCCCAGAUCAUGCGGAGAGGGAUCCGAUCAACCAGGAAGCGCCCACGGCUGCUGAGCACCCAGGACAAGGGGGAAGACAGCCACUCCAGGUGCGCGGGGCUGUGGCUUGAAGGCAGGGCCGGCAUAGGAGAGGAAUCGGGAAACGGGAGAAGGGCUGGGGCCUCGAGCCUGCCCAAGCCCUAG